AUACCGCGCUUUAGAGUUUAGAUGCUAUCCCACGCCCCGCUCCACCAUUUCGUGAGCUGCUGCAGCCGCAACCUCCUCCUGCUCGCCCGGCCCGCCCACCGCCGCCUAUUUGCCGCCUCCGCCCCGGGAUCCGAACCGGCCGAUCUCUGGAUCGCGAAGGUAGUCUCUACCAUCUUCCAACGCGCCCCCACUCAUGCCGCUGCCGCCGCCCGCCUCUCCCCCCUUCGGCCUGUCCUGUCCCCUUCCAUCGUCUUCACGUCCCUACGUCGCCUCCCGGAUUCCAGCUCUGCCCUUGGCUUCUUCUACCUUAGCCGCUCGGACCUCGCCGUCGUCCACCUUCCCCAAACUUUUACAUUCCUGAUCUCCUGCCUCUGCCGGUCUGGCCUACAUGAGGACGCUGUGAAGUUGUUCGACGAAAUGGCGAGGGACGGUCACACUGUGGAUGAUUCCUUCGUGGAGUUUCUAGCUAAUUCCUGUUUUGAAGCUGGUAAAUUGGACCUUGCCACUGCCUUCCUUGCUGCGGUUUCCAAGUACGGAUAUCGUUUCCAAUCCUACACCUUUAACAAGUUCUUAACUUCUCUAGUUCGGAGAGACCGAGUUGGUGAUGCCGUUCUUUUUCUAAGACAGAAUUUAGGUUCUCAGUUUCUAGCUGUCGAUACAUGUAGCUUCAAUAUAAUCAUAAAGGGCCUUUGUAGAAUUGGCGACUUGGAUACUGCAUUAGAGUUUUUCAAUCAGAUGCAAAGAUCUUGCUGUGUGCCAGAUAUAGUUACUUAUAACAUUCUUAUUGAUGGACUCUGUAAAGCUGAUCAGGUUGAUAGAGGGCACGAGAUUUUGCAGAAAAUUCAAUUGGAUAGUGCAUGUGUGCCGAACGUGGUCACAUACACAUCUAUCAUUUCUGGUUAUUGCAAAAUUGGCAAGAUGGAAGAGGCAUAUGAGGUUUUCGAUGAUAUGAUCGGUGCCGGAGUUAAACCCAGCAGGGUUACAUUCAAUGUCCUUAUCAAUGGGUAUGGUAAGCUGGGGAACAUGCCAUUGGCAAUUUCUUUGUAUGAGAGAAUGUUAAUUUGCGGUUGUCCUCCUGAUGUUGUUACUUUUACUUCAUUGAUCAAUGGGUAUUGCAGAAGUGGACAGCUUGAUGAUGCAAUGAAGAUCUGGGAUGAGAUGAAUCAAAAGGAAGUAAAGCCCAACGGAUACACAUUUGCUGUUGUUAUACAUUGUUUGUGCCGGAAGAACAAAGUUGGUGAUGCGAGGAAUCUUCUGAAGGUACUGAGCAGGAGGAGAGAUGUCGUGCCACAAGCCUUCAUUUACAACCCUGUCAUCGAUGGGCUUUGUAAGUCCGGCAACGUGGAUGAGGCCAAUUCAGUUCUACUAGAAAUGGAGGAAAGGAGGUGCACUCCAGACAAAUAUACUUAUACUAUACUGAUCAUUGGACACUGCAUGAAGGGGCGAAUGUUUGAAGCUGUAGAAAUUUUCCAGAAAAUGGUCGAUUCAGGAUGUACUCCAGAUAGAAUAACGGUUGAUUUUUUCGUACCGUGUCUUUUGAAGUCUGGAUUUCCCCAUGAAAUCAACAAGAUAAAAUCUUUCAUCUCUGGAAGGAGUUCAAAUUUUGAGAUACCAGAUCUUCAGGACAUUCAUCUACCCAUUGGUAAAUGCUUGGAUAUUUCAGUAGCUAUUUAAUUAAUAAGGGUAUCAUGAUCAUCACAGAGCAGGGCCUUUUAAAGGACACAAUAGAGAAAUCCAACCUAUUGAAUUGAAAGUUAAACCAUUCAUUGCGGUAUCCCUAUGACCACAAAGCUUUGCCACUGUUUUCUCAAAAAAAUGAAGAUUUUUGAUAGAGGUGCAGGUAGGCAGCACGGUGUCACUGCCUGCCACUUUUUGUGCUUCUUUAGAAGCAUUAUGCAGCACAUAAUUUUAUGUUGAUGUUAUUGCUGUGAUCCAUGAACACAAUUGAGUUUCUAUUAAAUGGUUGAUUUGAAGCUCAGUGAAGAUAUUAACAAGAUAGAGAAUACUAAACAAGAUCUAUUCAACAUUUAUUAGGCCUGAUCUUGUUUCUUCAUAUACUAGUUAUAAUUGUUUAAAAUAAGUGUUUAGGUGAAGUUUUGCUACUUAUUCUGCCUUAUGUUUAGAAAUUUUGGCUGCUGGCAUUUUCAUUGCAAAGAAGAUGUGCACUUUUCUUCUUAUAAGAAACUUGUGUUUGAGAG